AUGCUGGGCCACAAUGGCGAUAUUUCUCCGCUCUCUUCCAGCAAUUCUUUCUCCUCAGUGGACACCAAUCAAACACUACUUAACUCAAUUGCCAACCAAGCGCAACUGCAACACCAACAGUCGUCCUCAUCGCAUAUAUUGCCUCAGCUGCCACCGCCGCCCACAAGCAAUAACAGCAGUUCCAAUCGUCAUGGCACCAGCAAUCGCUCAUAUCGCACCAAGUAUAGCCAAUUCAUGAUAAUCACACCAGCGGUCUCCAUUGAUCGUGACUAUGAGCAUGAUGAAGCUUUUGGCAGUGGUGGAUCCGCUGCAGCUGCGUUAACUAACAAUUUCGACUUUGAUGAGGAUGCCUAUUGCAAUGACAACAACACCAAUGCCAAUGCCAAUGGCAACAACAGUAAUGCCAAUAAUGGCAACAUUUUUCGCAUGUCACUACUGCAGAAUAGCAGCAGCAUUGAUAGCGGCAACAGCAGUGACAGCUCUUUCCGCUCCAACUACAAUCCCUAUCUACAUCACAGUCGCCAACAUUUGCUACCCAAAGGGGCGCCACAUUUCUACACGUUCUCCUCGUGGCGCUGGUGCACACUAAUUUGUGCUGCAAUGCGUUGCUUUGGUGGCGGACAUAGCUCACAUGCGCCGUACAGCACCAGCUUUGCGCGGCCACCAUAUCAGCGUUCGCGUAGCUCCGGCGCACAAACAACCCGUUCCUCGCAGCCACAUCGGCGUUUGCGCUCCUCUUCCUUUACUGCUGAGACGGCUUUCGAGCAUUUCUCGGCACCCUUUAAGGCGCGCAAAACGCGCGACCAUCUCAACAACAUCACCUACGAAUUGUGA